GAAUGAAAAUCCGAGUCUGACUUGGGCGAGGCUUCGUUUUGAGUGUUUGUCAUCAUCAAGCUAUUUUCAAAUAAGAAACGAAUUUUAAAAUGAAACUGUGAUAAAUAAAGUCUGCAAAACACGUGUCCAAUAAGACAAUACUAAUUUCGGUUGGUGACAUGAAAAUAAUGAUAUUAAAUUUUUCAUUGUUUCAUAGAAAAUGAAGUGUGUUUUGUUAAUACUCGCUCUGACGAGUACGGCGAGGAGUCAGGGUCCCGAUUCUAUUGGUACGUUUAAUCCAAACUAUCCUCAACAACCUUACCAGGAUAACAACCAAAAUGGAAGUCUAUAUCGUCCAAACUCUCAGGUACCCUAUGGCAGCUUUCCUGUGAACGGUAACGAUUACAAUUCGGGCCAGAGUUCGUUUUAUCAAGACAAUUUUAACUCUGAUAAUUACGGUAACAAUGAUAACGAGGUUGACCCUCAAAACACGGCGACGUAUUACGCCGGUUUGGACUACGAGGAGAGAUAUAGGUGUCCGCCUAAUUGGAUCAGGUUCCGGGAGUCAUGUUACCGUUUCACUAAAUCACCGGACCGCCCACGAAAUGAGGCCCGUAAAAUUUGUUUAGCAUAUGAAGCCGACCUGGCGUCGGUCAAUAGCCCUGAAGAGCAUGGUUUUAUUAUCACAAAUCUAAUGAGAUUAGACCCACAGAAGGGUUCAUGGUACAUUGGUGCUCAUCAACAGUCCCCAGGGUAUUGGUCUAAUGAUGCUGAUGGUUCACAAUUGACUGGAUUAGAGAAUGCAUUUUUCAAUGAUCAUUCACAAAUAUACACAAGUUAUAACAUACUGCCUCGUGACUACUUAGUGUACAAAUUCUCACACCAGGAUGGUCGCUGGGGACUGUCCCCUGUUGAGGGCACACAGUACUAUCAUUUCAUUUGUGAAGGACAGACACAGAGACUGCAUUACCUUAUUGAAGAAGAAAGAUCUUUCACUUAUGGACUAGAAACUUAUGAUCCCGAGAGGAUUCCUAGAGGGCCUUACUUUAUAAAGGAGCCAGUUGAUACCAUAUAUGAUCCUAUGAGGAACUACCAUGUUCAGUUGACCUGUAUUGCUGGUGGGUACCCCGCACCUGUCUACAAAUGGUACAGGGAAGAAUAUCAAGUAGACAACCCUGUCUAUACUGAGAUUGAUCCAUUAGUUGAUACCAGAUUUGUGCUCAGUGGUGGAACACUCAUGAUUUACACUCCUGACACUGAUAAAGACAAUGCGAGAUAUCACUGCACAGCUUCCAAUAAAUUUGGUACUAUCCGGUCAGAGUCAGUGCGCUUAUCUUUUGGUUUUAUUAGAGAGUUUAAUCAAAAGAGAUCUGUUGAAAGUGGUAAUCAAUACUGGGGUAAAGUGAUGUACUGUGAUCCACCAUCCUAUUAUCCUGCAGUGAACUUCUUAUGGGCCCGUAACUAUUUCCCUAAUCUUGUGGAAGAAGACAAGCGAGUCUUUGUGUCUUAUGAUGGUGGACUCUACUUCUCUGCCUUAGAGACCAUUGACAGGGGUAACUACAGUUGUAAUGUCAUGAGUAAGGUGUCUGAUGCAGGCCGCAAUGGACCUUUCUUCCCAUUGUAUGUUUAUCCCCAUUCUGAUUAUCAGCAUCUUAAAUUCCCCAAUAAUUUCCCGAAAGUGUUCCCUGAAGCACCAGUAGUGGGACAGGAAGUCCGCUUAGAAUGUGUCUCUUUUGGUUAUCCAGUUCCUUCUUACAACUGGACCAGGAGGAAUGGCAAUAUGCCAAAGAGGGCACGUCUGAGUAAUUAUGACCGUGUCCUGACAAUACCCAAUGUUGGAGUAGAAGAUGAAGGAGAAUACAUUUGUGAUGUUAAGAAUGACCGGGCACAUAUAUCUAACAGUGUCUUCCUGAAGGUCCAAGCUAAACCUAACUUUACUAUUCCCCUAGCAGAUAAGCAUAUGGACAAUAAAGGUGAAUUACAUUGGAAUUGUGAGGCAUUCGGUAUUCCAGAUGUGAACUAUACUUGGUGGAAAAAUGGGCAGAAAUUGACAAUGGAUACUCUCGAGCCUGAUGAUAGAGAUCGAUACGUAAUUCAAGAUAAUGUAUUAAUUAUUAAAUAUUUAGACCCAACUAGAGAUCCAGGAAUGUAUCAAUGUGAAGCCAAAAACCAGCUGAAAGCCAGUUAUUCCACAGGACAGUUACGCGUAUUGUCAUUAAAACCGUCGUUUAAGAAGCGCCCACUUGAGUCUGAAACCUACGGUUCUGAGGGCGGUAAUGUUACGUUAAAAUGUAACCCUGAGGCUGCUCCUAAACCCACAUUUACUUGGAAAAAAGAUAAUAUCGUAAUCGGUGCUGGAGGCAAGAGAUUUAUUGCUGAAUCUGGAAACCUUAUAAUUCGACAGCUAUCUAGAGAUGACGAAGGCGUUUAUACUUGCGUGGCUAAAAACCAAUAUGGAACUGAUGAAAGUAGAGGACGGCUAAUAGUACUGCGCGCUCCACGCUUCCUUGAAAGACUUCCUCCUAGAAUCACAACACAAGUUAAUCAAGUGGUCUUCUUACAUUGUAGCGCUGAAAUAGAUCCGAUGUUAGAUACAGCGUAUCUCUGGAAUCACAACGGCAUUCGUAUGAAGGAAGCCGCAGAUCUGUAUGCUGAUAAAAGGAUAAAAAUCGAUGGAGGAGAACUGACUAUCCUAAACGUCAGUUUAUCUGAUGUCGGAGACUACGAGUGUGUGGUAAAGUCAGCUAUUGGACGGAUAUCUUCCCACACCCAGCUGCGUAUAGAAGGACCACCGGGACCUCCCGGUGGUUUGCAGACCCUCAAUAUCCAACGAUCUUCUGUUACACUGGAAUGGACGGACAGCAAUUCUAAUGGUCGUCCAAUCCUUAGUUACAUGGUCACUGGUCGCACACACUGGAAUGCGACAUGGUAUGUGAUCAGUGAAAACGUCGCCAACGUUAUAGAAAUUGACCGAUACAAUGGACGUAAACGUGCGACGAUAGUGACGACACUAAUGCCGUGGGCAAUUUAUGAGUUUAGAGUACAAGCCGUAAACCAAUUGGGUCCUGGAAAGCCUUCAGCGCCUAGCCCACAAUUCUCUACUCCUGCCGAUAAGCCGUACGAAGCGCCCGCUAACGUGGGAGGCGGCGGUGGCAAAACCGGUGACCUCACUAUUACAUGGAAUCCGUUACCAUCGUCUCUACAGAAUGGACCUGGAAUUUAUUACAAGAUAUUCUGGCGCCGCAAUGGUACGGAGGUGGAAUUCCAGUCGUUGUCUCUUAAGAAGUAUGGCAAUAUCGGGACUUACGUGGUUCACAUAUCGACAACUUAUUUCUACACUCCGUAUGAUGUCAAAGUGCAAGCUUUUAACGACAUCGGCGCAGGUCCAGAGAGCCAAGUGGUGACAAUAUACUCCGCAGAAGACAUGCCACAGGUCGCUCCACAGAUGGUGUACGCGAGGUCAUUCAACUCUACGUCUUUGAAUGUGACAUGGAACCCCAUCGACCAGUCUCGAGAGAGACUGCGCGGCAAGCUGAUCGGUCAUCGUCUCAAGUACUGGAAGCAGGCGAACAAGGAAGAAGAAUGUAUUUACUACUUGUCCAGAACGACGCGCAACUGGGCUCUUAUCGUGGGACUGCAACCCGAUACUUAUUACUUUGUAAAGGUAAUGGCGUUCAACUCUGCGGGCGAGGGACCGGAGAGCGAGAGGUACUUGGAGCGAACGUUCCGUAAGGCGCCACAGAAGCCGCCAGCGUCCGUCAAUGUAUGGGCGUACAAUCCGACGACCGUCCGCGUCGUGUGGCGAUACGUGCAGCCUACUGAUGAGGAAGAACCUCUGCUCGGAUAUAAGGUGAGAGUGUGGGAGAUAGAUCAAGAUAUGAGCACAGCCAAUGACACAAUAGUCCUCGUGGAGCAUAAGCUGGAGGCCUACGUUACGAAUCUCACGCCAGGCAAGUCCUACAACUUGCGUGUCCUCGCGUACUCGAAUGGUGGUGACGGCAGAAUGUCUUCGCCAGCUAUCACCUUCCAAAUGGGAGACUACCACACCGACGCCUACAGUUACUCGGCACGAAGCUCCGCCCAAAAUCUACAUGUACAAACUGUAGUGUUACUCACUUCUAUUCUUUUAUUUCUCUCUCUUAAAUGGGUAAUUUCGUGAUGGCAGCUUUACAGUUAUGUUGGCAGCUAAGGCAGUACUAUAAAAUAAUUAUGUAUUUCUUUUUAUCAAUGCUGAAGCAUUCCUUUUUUUUUUGUUAUCUGAUAUUCGGUUGUGAUAUGUAUCCGGCCAUUACUUUCGUUCAAAAUCGGAACUCUAAUGAUAUUACAUUUAUAAUUUUAUUUGGUUUAAAAACUAUACUUAGUAACUAUGUAUGUAUUUAGGACUUCUAAGUUAGAUUUAUUUGUGUCUUGUGCGUACAUAAAUUUAUGUGUUUGUUUCAAUUCCAACCGCAAUCUCAAUAUUUAUCUCGAAUAGCACAAAACGACAGCGACUUUUCUGGCGGCUUUUCUGUUAAAAACAGGCAAAUGUGUUGAUAAUAGGUGAUAAGUCAUAACAGUAACUAAACUGUUAAAGUAGUUUUACAUUUGUCUCUUAAUAUGUAUAUUCUGCUAUUUUUAUAUUACAUGAUUACCUGUCAAUUGUUUUAUUGACAAUAAGUAAUUUAUGACAUUUUAAUAUAAGAUUUUAAUUAAGCAGAAUUUUUAUAUAAAGUUCUUUAAUGUUAGGUCCAUAUCAGAUAGGAUAGAUUAAGGAUAAUAUUUUGUAAUUUGUAUCAGCUAUCUACAACGUAGCUACCACCAAUCCGAGCCAUUAUAUCAUUGAUCUGAUUUAUUUUUUUAUAUAAACUUUAUUUUUAUAUUUAUACAAGUGUUCAAAUAUGUUUUAAACAUUUAUUUUAAUUUUUUAGUGAACUAAAAGGUAUUAUUUUUAUAUGGCUAUUAAUUACAAUUGACAGUGACUGAUUCACGAUAAUUUCAAUGCAUUAUGGAACUGUAAUAAUUUGGUUCAUAUUUUGUGUUUAAUAUUAAAAAGUAAGAUAUUAUGACGUCAUAAAGACUACUUAUUACGAUUGACAUAAGUAGUACACUACCGUACCCGCCUAACGUUUGCCUGCUGAGUGAAUCAAUAUUUCCGAUUCUUGUUGUAGUGUACUAGAUGUAAAGAUAUGAAAUGCCUUAUAAAUGUUAAAAAUAUCAUUGUAAUAUGUAUCUGUUUCCAGUAAAAAUUUUAUGAAA